UAUGGAAGGCACCCACAACAGAGGUGGUGCAGCUGAUGUGUUUUUACCAAAUUAUAAGCUUGGGAAGACGUUGGGCAUUGGUUCAUUCGGCAAAGUGAAAGUUGCAGAACAUGCUUUGACUGGGCAUAAAGUUGCGGUCAAGAUUCUCAAUCGACGUAAAAUUAAGAACAUGGAAAUGGAAGAAAAAGUAAGACGAGAGAUUAAAAUUUUGAGAUUGUUCAUGCAUCCACACAUUAUACGGUUGUAUGAGGUCAUUGAGACGCAUUCAGAUAUUUAUGUUGUUAUGGAGUAUGUCAAAUCAGGGGAGUUGUUUGACUAUAUUGUGGAGAAAGGUAGAUUACAGGAGGAAGAGGCUCGCCAUUUCUUUCAGCAGAUUAUAUCUGGCGUUGAAUAUUGUCAUCGGAACAUGGUGGUCCAUCGAGAUCUAAAGCCAGAGAACCUUUUGCUGGAUUCAAAGCGCAAUGUUAAGAUUGCUGAUUUUGGCCUUAGCAACAUAAUGCGAGAUGGUCAUUUUCUGAAAACCAGUUGUGGGAGCCCAAACUAUGCAGCCCCUGAGGUGAUAUCUGGUCGGCUGUAUGCUGGUCCUGAAGUUGAUGUUUGGAGCUGCGGGGUUAUUCUUUAUGCUCUUCUCUGUGGAACUCUUCCCUUUGAUGAUGAAAACAUUCCCAAUCUCUUCAAGAAAAUAAAGGGUGGCAUCUAUACUCUUCCCAGCCAUUUGUCUGCCGGAGCAAGGGAUCUGAUUCCCAGGAUGCUUAUUGUUGAUCCUAUGAAGCGGAUGACCAUUCCUGAAAUUCGUCAGCAUCCCUGGUUCCAAGCUCAUCUUCCUCGUUACUUGGCUGUGCCUCCACCAGAUACAAUGCAGCAAGCUAAAAAGAUUGAUGAGGACAUUCUUCAGGAGGUAGUGAAAAUGGGUUUUGAUAAGAAUCACAUAAUUGAGUCUCUUCGCAGCAGAACACAGGAUGAGGCAACAGUUACAUACUAUCUGCUUCUGGACAAUCGGUUUCGUACGGCUAGUGGCUAUCUUGGGGCUGAGUUCCAGGAAACUAUGGAAUCUGGUUUCCCUCGUUUGCAUCAGUAUGAGAGUGUUACUUCAGCUAUUUCACACCGGCUGGGAGGAUAUGUUGAUCCUCAGGGAACUGGUAUGAGGUCUCAUAUCCCUGUUGAAAGAAAAUGGGCUCUAGGACUUCAGUCACGGGCACAUCCUCGUGAAAUUAUGACGGAGGUCCUUAAAGCUCUGCAAGAAUUAAAUGUUUGCUGGAAGAAGAUUGGGCAUUACAACAUGAAAUGCAGAUGGUAUCCUUGCUUUCCUGGGCAGGGUGAAGGUAUGCAUGAUAAUAAUCUGAACAAUAACCAUUGCUUUGGUGAUGAGUCUGCCAUUGUAGAAAGUGAUGAUGUGGCUGCAAGAUCAUCCAAUGUUGUUAAGUUUGAACUUCAGCUUUACAAGACGCGGGAAGAGAAGUAUCUCCUGGACUUGCAGAGAGUGAACGGGCCGCAGCUUCUCUUCCUGGACCUCUGUGCUGCGUUCCUCGCACAACUUAGAGUACUGUAGGAAGUGAGUAAUAAAUGCAUGCUCAUAUUUGUUUGAAUUGCAUUGUUGGGUCUGCAACGAAUGUAAAUACAAAAAGUGGCGGCCUGUUGCGAUAUGCAGCUACUGAUUUAUGUUUUUUGCUUUAUAAGCUGAGACGUUGACAUAUAUUCUAGGCUCUGCCACUCAUGGGCAUUCUAUGGCAGGGCUAAACUUGUGCUUAAAUGCAUUGUAGAAUGCAACCUGACUUUGGCUAAGAAUUAACCAUUUUGUUUA